AUGGCAAAGUUUACAAAUUUUGUUUGUAAUCUAUUACAUAUUAAUUAUAAAAAUGAAAAUCAAGAUAAUGUUGGAAAAUUUUUUUAUCCAAAGACAAUAUCAUUAUCACCAUUAGAACAUAUUUAUGGAUUAGUAUGGAUGCCAAAAAAUGUUAAUUGUUAUGAAAGAGAAUUAUUAUAUUCUAUACAUUCAUUACCAUUUUAUUUUGGUUCAUUAUUAGAGGAUGAUGAUGUACAGGUACAACUUCUUAUAAAUUGUGGUGAUUGUUUUUUAACAAAUCCCCCACAAACAACAUAUAAUAAUUCAUCAUCAACAUCAUUACUAUCACGUAUAAAAAUAUUUAAUUCAAAAAAAUGUUGUCAUACUUUUUCACAUUAUAUUUUAACAGCACUUGGAACAAAUGAUACUAUAGUAAAAGCUAAUGUUAUAUUUAAACGAAACACUUUUGUACUUGAAAAAUUACCAGAUAUUGAUAUACAUACAUUUAUAGCAGAAAAUAAUCUUAAUAUGAUGUCAAGACCAUGGUUUAUUGAAAAAAAACAAAUUAUCAGUGGAAAAGGAAUAAAACAAGCACAACCAUUUGUAUUGUCAAUUGAAGAAAGAAAACAAUAUUUUAGAAUUGGUAUACUUGAAAGAAGAAUUCUUAAUUUAGAUAAUUAUAGAAAAAUUCCUGUAUCUGUUUUGUCAUUAGAAGGAUAUGAUAGAGAAUUACAAAAAAAAUUAAUUGGUGAAGCAAAUUGGUUAAGAAAUUUUGGUAAUAUUCAUAUUGAAAAAUUAUGGGGUUUAUGUUCUGAUGAUGGUGAAUGUAUGAUAAUAUUAGAAGAAAUUGUAUAUGGAUCAUUGGUUCCUUAUCUAAGAGCCGGAAAUAGAAAUGAAGGACAAUUAAUAAAUUUUUGUUAUCAAAUCUCGAAAGGAUUGCGUUAUUUGGAAGAUCAUGAUUUUAUACUUUAUCAUUUUAAUAUUUAUUAUCUUUAUUUGACAUAUAAUUAUACGAUAAAGAUAUGUUUAAUCGGUAGUUCAAAAGAAGAAUUGAUAAUGAGUAGCCCAAAAAAAUUGUACGAUUAUGAGGAAGCAAUAGUUUGGUUACCACCAGAAUGUUUUGAAAAAAAUGGUACUUUUAAUUUUUCAUCACUUUCUUAUAUUUUUGGUAAUGUUGUAUGGUCAAUAUUUAAUAAUGGUAAAAAUCCUAUUUUUGAUAUGAGUAAAGAAAACCGGAAAAGUACAAAUAGUUUAAAUAGUGGUAAAAACUUUACUUUUUCUGAUAAAAGUUGUAUAAAGAAGAAUCAUUUAAAGAAAUUAAGAAUGUUUCAAAAUUGUAUACCUAAAAGUAUCAUUAAAAAUGUUUUAUUAAAAUGUUGGGAUGUAAACAUUAAAAAUAGACCAAAUUUUACUACAUUAUGUAAAGAAAUAAAAAAGCUUCAAAUAUAA